AUGCUACGACUGCGACAGGGGCAGCGAGCCGUACACGCGGCUCUAUUCGCUUCGACGCAUACACCUCAAUGUCCUCCGUCUACUUCAUUUACGACUUCGGGAGCGGACUCUGCGUGCAGUUUCUGUUAUUUCGAUGGCUACGAACGAAACCUGUUCUCGUCCGAAUACUACGACCGCACUUCCGGCUACGAGCUGUACGCGUUAUCUCGACUACGACGACCAAUCCGGCUGCAAGCUGCACAUGCAGCUUCGUCCGUCUAUUGCGACUACGACUACAACAUCAGCAGCGGGCUGUACGUGCAGGUUUGCGCGCCCUCAACAACUACAAAUUCGGUCGUGUCGACUUCCACGGCUACAUCAUUGGCAGCCUCUGCGAAUCUCUGUUGGCGUCCACGACCACGACAUGAUCCGUGA